AGUACUGAUGUCCCCGGCUUUCGAAGUGUUCAACAAGCUUCGGCUCGCAGGACAGCUUUGUGACGUGGUCCUCAUCGCAGACGGUGUUCAGUUCAACGCCCAUAGAGUGAUUCUGUGUGGCUGUAGCUCCUACUUCCAGGCUCUGUUCUCCAGUGACUGGAGUGAUUCAGGAAAGCGGGAGUACCAACUCCCAGGCAUUUCCCCUGAAACAUUGAGGCAGGUCAUCGAGUACGCCUACACGUACUCUGUGGUCAUCACAGCUGACAAUGUGGAGAACCUCCUGGCAGCUGCUGAUUAUCUCAGUGUCCUGGGCAUCGUGCAGCGCUGCUGUGACUUCCUGCAUGAGCAUCUCUGCCUUGACAACUGUGUUGGGCUUGUCAAAAUCGGAGAAGUCUACUGCCUCAAUGAGCUGCACCAGUCUGCAUUCAAAUUCCUCCUGAAGAACUUCAAGGAGGUUGCCAUCAACUCAAACGAGUUCCUAGAACUCACGCUCGAAGAACUUUGUGACAUCAUGGAGCGGGGCAUGAACUGAAUGUCAGAGAAGAGGAUGUGGUGUUUCACGCCAUCCUCCGGUGGAUCGAGCACGAGCCUGCCACCCGAGAGGCCCACAUUUCAGUUCUGUUGCCCAAGAUAUGACCCGAUAACACGAGAAUGGCAGCAGAUGGCCCCCAUGCACUGGCAUCGCUGUAAUGUUAGUGUGGUUGUGCUCGAUGGGUUCAUCUACGCCAUGGGUGGCCAUAUUGUUUUCAGGCCCCUCAAUAAAGUAGAGCGGUACAACCCAGUAACCAACGAAUGGACCCAGAUCGAGCCCAUGAAUGAGAGGAGAAGCGAUGCCAGUGCCACCACCCUGAAUGGCAAGAUAUACAUCUGUGGGGGCCACAGUGGAACAGAGAGCCUUUCUACAGUGGAGUGCUUUGACCCACUCACUAACGAAUGGAGCUUGAUCACUCCAAUGAGCACUCCCCGUCACAGCCUUGGAGUCACGGCGUAUAAAGGGAAGAUCUAUGCGGUGGGCGGUAUCAACAGGUCUGAUCACCUGCAGACCAUGGAGGUCUAUGACCCUACCACAAACCGCUGGCAUGCUGUGGCCCCCAUGUCUACACCACGCAGUGAAUUUGGCAUCGCAGUGGUGGACGACCUCCUGUUUGUGAUGGGCGGCCACGAUGGGUUUAGGGUAACAAACAAGGUGGAGUGUUAUGAUGCGGGGACAGGCAGCUGGUAUCGUGCGCAGGACAUGAGCAGAGCCAGAAAACACUUCAGCUGCUGCGUAGUGCCUGCGCACCCCCGCAUCAUACAAUACGCUUCACCUCGUUAGUCCCUGAUGGCCACCAAGGAGGAAACCCAUCUGCCCACAACAGCAUGCCCACAGGUUCGGGGAAUGCCGCCACAACAGGCACCGACCACCUUACGACCACAGCUCCAGUCAGCCGCCUCCACAACGGAGGCAUGGAACAAGGCCCAUUCGGACUCAAUGUCCCCUGCGUCCUCCAGGACAUGGGAGAAGCUCUGCUGGAGGUCGGAGUUGAAUCUUCUCCUGACAUUGCAUACUUAAAAUAAAGUUUUCUCUUUUUCAUAUUA